CGUCAGAAGUGUCACAUGACUUUCAAGCCGCUCUUUUGCUCUUUGAAUUCUUGUUCUAGUCCAGCUCAUGUUUUAUUUCCUACCAGUGGACUUGGCAUCCAAAGUACUUGACAGCGAUGGAUUCUCCAAGUCCCAGUGUGUCCCUGGAGGGCCCCCAGGCUCUGUCCUCUAUGGCCACCAUCACCUCCCAGACUCUGCCCAGCGACUCCACCUCUUCAGACUUCUGCACCAACCUGUGGGGUUACCACAACAACUUCUUGCCCGGAGUCCAAGGCGGUCCAUUCUGCUACCAGAACGAGGGAGCUCAGAUUGUGCCGAUCGCCAUGUCGACUACUCAACCAGGUGAUCUGACCGCCUCCCAGCUACAAUUCCCUAACUCCCUUUUCCCGCAGGGUGUGGUCCAAGGAAGUCUUCCCCGCAAACAAUCAGAACGCAGCUUGAUGAAGAACAGGGAGGCUGCGCGGGAAUACCGCAGACGCAGGAAGAUCUACGUGAGGGAGCUGGAGAGGCGAGCGGAGCAGCUGGAAGAUGAAAACAUGGCUUUGAAGGAAGAACUCAAAAUGUGUAAAUCGUGUCAACAGAAAGUGAAAUGAGCGGUGGCUCCUUCAACGUGUUCAAUGGACACAAGAUGAGUCAUGUUCUUUGUUUAUUUGCUGCAGCAGAAGAUUUAACAUGCAGAUGUACCGUAUUUGUCCGACUAUAAGUCACAGUUUUUUCCAUAGUUUGGCCGGGGGGUGCGACUUAUACUCAGGAGCGACUUAUGUGUGAAAUUAUUAACACAUUAGUGUCAAAUAUCAAAUAAUAUUAUUUAGCUCAUUCACGUAAGAGACUAGACCAGUGGUUCUUAACCUGGGUUCCAUGGAACCCUAGGGGUUGGGUGAGUCGGGCUCAGGGGUUCGGCGGAGGUCAAGACACACCCGACUCAUGGUGUAAAUAAAAACUUCUCCCUAUCGGCGUAUUACGGAUACGACAACAGCAGAAGUCAGACUGAUUUGCAGGUGUGUAGUUUGUUGUGAGUUUAUGUUGGUUUUGUUGUUUGAACAAGGUGAUGUUCAUGCACGCUUCAUCAAGUGCACCACUAAUAAAACAUGCUAACACUUUAGUAUGGGGAACAUAUUCACCAUUGAUUAGUUGCUUAUUAACAUGCAAAUUAGUAACAUAUUGGCUCUUAACUAGUCAUUAUUAAGUACUUAUUAAUGCCUUAUUCUGCAUGGCCUUAUUAUAACCCUAACCCUCUAACCCUGGCCCUACUAACCUUAACCCUAACCCUCUAACCCUGGCCUUAACCCACUAACCCUAACCCUCUAACCCUGGCCCUAACCCUCUAACCCUAACCCUAACCCUCUAACCCUAACCAAAUAACUCUAAAUGAAGUCUUUGUUACUUAGAAUAUGUUCCCCAUACUAAAGUGUUGCCAAAAACAUAUAACUUUGUCUUGAAUUUGAAAAACAACAUUUUAUUUUUCACUAAAGAAGGGUUGGGUGAAUGCGCAUAUGAAAGUGGUGGGGUUCGCUACCUCCAACAAGGUUAAGAACCACUGGACUAGACGUAUAAGAUUUCAUGGGAUUUAGCGAUUAGGAGUGACAGAUUGUUUGGUAAACGUAUAGCAUGUUCUAUAUGUUAUAGUUAUUUGUUACGUUAACAUACCAGUUGGUUAUUUAUGCCUCAUAUAACGUACACUUAUUCAGCCUGUUGUUCACUAUUCUUGAUUUAUUUUCAGUGACGUGCGGUGAGGUUCAUGGCUGGUGAGGCACUGACUUCAUCACAGUCAGAUUUACAAACAUAUGAACCCUAAAGAGUAUCUUAUUCACCAUUUGAUUGGCAGCAGUUAACGGGUUAUGUUUAAAAGCUCAUACCAGCAUUCUUCCCUGCUUGGCACUCCGCAUCAAGGGUUGGAAUUGGGGGUUAAAUCACCAAAAAUGAUUCCCGGGCGCGGCGCCGCUGCUGCCCACUGCUCCCCUCACCUCCCAGGGGGUGAACAAGGGGAUGGGUCAAAUGCAGAGGACAAAUUUCACCACACCUAGUGUGUGUGUGACAAUCAUUGGUACUUUAACUUAACUUUAACUUUACACAUACAAACUGUAGCACACAAAAAAGCACAUUUAAUAAAAAAAUGUUAUUAUGGUCUUACCUUUACUUAUAAAUGAAGUCCAUGCGCAGCUCCUUUUGAACAAAAGCAUCGAUAACUUGUUUAUAGAAGUCUUCCUUAUCUUUCUUCAGUUUUAAAAGUCUCUCUGUCUCGAUGGAGAUGAUCCUUUAAAGGCCUACUGAAAGCCACUACUAGCGACCACGCAGUCUGAUAGUUUAUAUAUCAAUGAUGAAAUCUUAACAUUGCAACACAUGCCAAUACGGCCGGGUUAACUUAUAAAGUGACAUUUUACAUUUCCCGGCAAAUUUCCGGCUGAAAACGUUUCGAUAUGAUGACGUUUGCGCGUGACGUCAACGGUUGAAGCGGAAGUAUUGGGACACAUUGAAUCCAAUACAAAAAGCUCUGUUUUCAUCUCAAAAUUCCACAGUAUUCUGGACAUCUGUGUUGGUGAAUCUUUUGCAAUUUGUUUAAUGAACAAUGGAGACUGCAAAGAAGAAAGUCGUAGGUGGGAUCGGUGUAUUAGCGGCUGGCUGCAGCAACACAACCAGGAGGACUUUGAGAUGGUUAGCAGACGUGCUAGCCGCCGACCUCACCUUGACUUCCUCCGUCUCCGGGCCGCCGACCGCAUCGGUGAUCGGGUGAAAUCCUUCGUCGUACCGGCGAUCGCUGGAACGCAGGUAAACACGGGUCGUGAUGAGCAGAUGAGAGCUGGCGUAGGUGCAGAGCUAAUGUUUUUAGCAUAGCUCUGUCGAGGUUCCGUAGCUAAGUUAGCUUCAAUGGCGUCGUUAGCAACAGCAUUGCUAAGCUUCGCCAAGCUGGAAAGCAUUAACCGUGUAGUUACAUGUCCAGAGUUUGGUAGUAUUGUUGAUCUUCUGUCUAUCCUUCCAGUCAGGGGCGUAUUUGUUUUGUUUCUAUCUGCAGUUAAGCCCGAUGCUAUCACGUUAGCUCAGUAGCUAAAGUGCUUCACCGAUGUAUUGUCGUGGAGAUAAAAGUCACUGUGAAUGUCCAUUUCGCGUUCUGGACUCUCAUUUUCAAGAGGAUAUAGUAUCCCAGGUGGUUUGAAAUACAACUCCGUGAUCCACAAUAGAAAAAGGAGAGAGUGUGGAAUCCAAUGAGCCAGCUUGUACCUAAGUUACGGUCAGAGCGAAAAAAGAUACGUCCUGCACUGCACUCUAGUCCUUCACUCUCACGUUCCUCAUCCACGAAUCUUUCAUCCUGGCUCAAAUUAAUGGGGUAAUCGUCGCUUUCUCGGUCCGAAUCUCUCUCGCUGCUGGUGUAAACAAUGGGGAAAUGGGAGGAGCCUUUCAACCUGUGACGUCACGCUACUUCCGGUACAGUCACGCUACUUCCGGUACAGGCAAGGCUUUUUUAUCAGCGACCAAAAGUUGCCAACUUUAUCGUCGAUGUUCUCUACUAAAUCCUUUCAGCAAAAAUAUGGCAAUAUCGCGAAAUGAUGAAGUAUGACACAUAGAAUGGAUCUGCUAUCCCCGUUUAAAUCAAAAAAAUUCAUUGCAGUAGGCCUUUAAUUAUUACCUCCUGCUUCCAUUGAAAGUCCAGUUUAGAAAAGUGUUUUAUUUUAGAUAUGUAAUCCUCCAUGUUAAAAGUCCAGGCGAGAGGAAAAAAUAAAGGAUCGCUGCUAACUGUUGCUGCUUGUUGUCACUUCUUCUGCAGCCGAGUAGUCGCAAGAAUGAUCCCUGGGAUCACUAGCGCCCUCUACCACCAUGAGGCGGGAUUACUGCGAGCCUCAGCCAGUGCGUCUUCGCAGCCGUUUUAUGAAUGCUCAGCACAAGAAAUAUGUGACACACAUACAGUUGUAGACAAAAUACACUGUACAUUAUAUACCUCAGCUAGCUAAAUGUAUAAUAUAAUUCAUAUAGCAAUACGCUCUCACUGCACAGCAGGCCAGCAGUUAGCCCAGUCAUUGCGCAAUCCAUGGUGAGGCACAACUGGCUGGUGACUCACCGCAAGUCUCUUCUCAGUAUUUGAACGGCAAAUGUGAAAAUUCAGCGAUUUUGAAUAAAAAUAAUCUAAAAGUUAAAUGGAAAAUAACUUUAUAGUAUAAUCACUGGAUACACACAACAAUUUAAUUUUUUUUAAAUCUUUUUACUUUUUUUUUUUUUACAUGAUGGCAGGUGAGGCCCCGCCUUCCCUGCCUCCUCUGACUGCACGUCACUGUUUAUUUUUAAAUUGCCUUUCAAAUGUCUAUUCUUGGCGUUGGCUUUUAUCAAAUACAUUUCCCCCCAAAAAUGCGACUUAUACUCCAGUGUGACCUAUAUAUGUUUUAUUUUCCUUCUUUAUUAUGCAUUUUCGGCCGGUGCAACUUAUACUCCGAAAAAUACGGUAAUCAGACUAAUAGCAAAUACCAGCAAGGUAUUGACUUUGUUUAUCCUUCACUGACGUGAGCAAUUCUGUUCAUAAAUCAAAGCUUCCUUCCUUUUUCAAUCACACGCAGGAUUCUCACAGGUAUGAGGCAAAAAUCAAUCCGUACCCACCGUAUAAUAAUAAUAACGAUGAUGAAAGAAGAGUGUAGUUGCAGUACAAGUCAGUCGAGGGCACAGUUGGCUGAGGAGCGUUGAGUACAUAAGAAGUCACUGGUCAUCUCCCUGUAACCUCUGACCUCUGUGAGACUACUUCCUGUUGGAGGACAACGUGAUUAUUAUCUAUGCAAUAACACAAUUUAUAUACAGUAUAUAUAUAUAGAUGUAUGUAUAUAUAUGUAUUCUGACGCUCGACGUGUAAGUGUUCAUUUAAAAACAUAUUGAUCUGCAAUAAAAGCGCUUUGUUUCAAUUGUACUGUUUGUAUUUCAAAAUAAAAUUCACCAA